GAAUCGCGCUGUCAUAACAAUCACUGUCAGCUGUUUCGUCUGUUUGGGAAAUAUCGACAGCGAAAUAAACAAACACCGUGCAUAACAAUGGGCGCUUAAAAAUGUGAAAUUACGUCGUGAAAAAGUUACCUUUUUAGAGAUAAAAACAUCCAAAAACUACCAGCAUGGCAACCUUAUUAUCCGCUUCCCGGCACGGCGUCAUGUUCCGUCCUUCGGUACCGAACAUGUGGCUUCUUACUUGGCUAGUCUGCUAUCAGCGCAAAAGUACCAACAUCAGUGCGGUUGAUUCCUUUAUCAGUGAGCUGAUGGACAACAAAAAGCUAAAAUGGAAGGUUUUGAACAGCCGACAUCGUAACGGGCAACCAAAAACACCACCCAAAACCGCCGACCUAGCUCCGUCUGAAUUGGCUGCCAGCCUUCGUACACCCGCGGAAACCAUCCAGCGCUCCUCCUUUCGGUUCAGCGAGCUGUACAACGAGCUUACGAAUAACCCGCUAGUGGUAAACAUUAGUCAGAUGGAUGUAUCCCAAGUUGAUCAUCUACUCGAAACGGCACUGAAGGAACACAACAACGAAGACGUGAAAUUGCUACUGGCACAAAUAUUGGAAUACGAGAAGCUACCAUCACUGCAGGUAUUAAACGCCGUUCUCAAGAACCUGUCACACCGGACAGAAACGCGAACAAUAGAACGGUUGAGUGAACUCUACCGAAAGCUUCAUCCGGAAUGCGCCAGCACAGCGAUCGACAGGUUCGAGCACUAUAAGGCCCUUUGCGAGUGGAAGCAGGGCAACACGUUUAAAUCACUCGACGCGUUUCGGUCCAUUAUGCUCGAGUGUAACGAAGAAAGGAUGAUAAUGAUUGAUCAUUUACUGUUGGAAAUUAUCGAUGAAACGAUUGGCAAAAAGAGUGAAGCAGUUCUGCUCGCCGUAAUGCAGCUGUGUGAGUUCAGCUUAGUCGAACUGCGUCACGAGUUUCCCAUCUGCUACGUGUGGGAAAAGAGCUUUCUUAGUGCGUGGCACAGCGAUCAGGAGGCGGCCAAAACGUUGUUCGAUCGGCACGACGCACUAAGGAACGCGAUCAGCAAAAGGAUACCAAAUCUGUGCUACAAACUGCUGUACGAAAACAACGUCGAAAAGGUGUACCAAUUAAUCGAAAUGUUCCUCAAGCACGAAAUGAAGGUGGAUUGUAAAGUUAUGCUCAUCCGACUAUUUGAAUAUCAGUAUUGGCGUAAAAACUUGCGCGGCUGUUCGGAAAUCAUGCAAAAUGCGAUCGAUCUUAACAUCGCCCUGCCCGAAAUGUGCAAUCGGCAGCUGCUGGAGCUGCUGCUAGGCCGAAGCGCGACGGAAGCGGCCCAGCGGGAAGCAUGGAAAAAGUCGAAGGACUUGAAACCAAACAAAUACACGUUGAAAUUUUAAUGUUA